AUUUUCUUAUCAUUCAUGAAUACCCUGAGCCAAACUUCUCAUUCCUACCCUGCCUUAACAGACUUCCAAGCCAAAGUCAUAGCACUUCACAUGGUAAGCUGAAACUAAACGUGUUCUCAGCCACAUCACGCUGAUUAUACAUCACGCACAUCGCAUACACAUAUGCUCCCUAGACUAUCUUAACAUUUCCGUUAUGAUGGUACCUAAAAGAAAUAGAUCCACCGUUGUUCUACAACAAGAACGACCAGACCAAGAUGCUCAACAGGACCAGUCUGAUGCCAACCCCAGAAGGUCAGAGCGUAUUGGCAAAAAGCAAAACGAUGUAUCUCAGCCUGGUGGUAAGCUAACUGACGGGGGAAAUUCGCUUUUGGCGUCCACUCGAUCAAAAAAGAAAGGACUGCCAAAGCCAGAUAUUAUAGGAGAUGUUAGAGGGGCCAUCGAUAACCUUCGUGAAAUGGAGAAUUCCUUCCGCGAUGAUGUCAAGAGGCAGAAGUUGGAAAUUGACAGAAGUUCCAUUACAAUUGACUCUAAGAAAGAAGAACCAGAUUUAGCUUUUUUAUCGAAUUACGAUAACGAUGCUCAUGACUCUAUCCCGGCGGAAUUCGAAGAGGGGGGUCGGAUUAAAGACAAGCAACGACCCAAGCCAAAAACUGCAGCAAAAAACCGGGAUGCUGCUAUUUACAAGGGAAGUGAGGCUUACCCAGACGGUGAACCGGGCGAUAGGGAGGAAGGAGGUGAUCAACCCGAAGAGGAGGUCGACGUCAAUACCUUGAAACAGGAAGGCUCCAGACCUCCUCCAGUCAACAGUGACUAUCUACCAUUGCCCUGGAAAGGUCGAUUGGGUUAUGCCUGUCUCAAUACAUAUUUACGACUUUCGAACCCACCCGUAUUCAGUUCAAGAACCUGUCGGAUAUCUUCCAUUCUUGAUCAUCGCCAUCCUCUUCAAGAUCCGUCCCAACCAGAACACCCAACCAAGAAUAGACCGGACAAAGAUAAGCCGGCUAACGUAGCCAGGGGCCAGAAAUAUGUACAAGCGCUUGGCCUUGCCAACGCGCGUGAUAUCGUAAAGAUGAUCCUCUGGAACGAUAAGUAUGGUAUCAAAUUCAUGCGCUUAAGUUCGGAGAUGUUCCCUUUCGCCAGUCAUGAAUUGUAUGGCUAUAAGCUGGCACCGUUUGCUUCAGAAGUGCUUGCCGAGGCUGGAAGAGUCGCGUCCGAGCUAGGCCAUCGACUCACCACCCAUCCUGGACAGUAUACACAACUUGGAUCACCUCGGGCAGAAGUUGUUCGAAACGCGAUGCGCGAUCUUGAAUAUCAUGACGAGAUGCUUACGCUUUUGCGCUUGCCCAAGCAGCUCAAUAGGGACGCCAUCAUGGUUUUGCAUAUGGGAGGCGUGUUCGGUGAUAAGGAGGCUACCCUCGAUCGGUUCAGGAAAAGUUAUGCCAAACUCUCGGAGGGUGUCAAAGCUAGGUUGGUACUGGAGAAUGACGACGUAUCUUGGACUGUACAUGAUCUACUCCCGAUAUGUGAGGAAUUAAAUAUUCCACUUGUUUUGGACUUUCAUCAUCAUAACAUCAUGUUUGACAAAGAUCAAAUCCGCGAAGGCACAAAAGAUAUUAUGGAACUUUACCCAAGGAUAAAAUCAACUUGGGAUCGGAAAAGGAUUACACAAAAAAUGCAUUAUAGCGAGCCUUGCUCCGAGGCUAUCACUCCUCGCCAGCGGCGAAAGCAUCGCCCUCGUGUUCUAACUCUUCCGCCGUGUCCUAAUACUAUGGAUCUCAUGAUCGAGGCGAAAGAUAAAGAGCAAGCCGUAUUUGAUCUCAUGCGAACUUUUAAACUGCCCGGAUGGGACCGAUUCAACGACGUUAUCCCGUACGAGCGCGCGGACGAAAAUAGACCGCCACCAAAGCUGCCGAAGAAGAAAAAGCGCAAGGCCAAGAAAGAUGCAGACGCAGAUAUCGAAGCUGAAGAAAACGCGGAGCAGGAAGUCAAGCCGCCUCCCGAGAUACCGGAAUCGGACCUUGGGAUGGGCGGCCCUAAUAACCGGGUAUACUGGCCCCUUGGUAUGGAGGAAUGGCUCCGCCCGAAGAAGAGGGAGACCAAGAAGAAGAGAGCUAGUGACGAAAUUGAUGGCGAUGAUUAACUCCGCUUUCGGAUUUGGGUAGUGGUGUGCUAUAGGUACUGCAACAGGCUUGCAUACUCGUCUACAAUCAGAUACAACGGGAUAAACUCGGCAGACUGUAACGUUAGAAGCACUGUGUCUUUCCUCAUCGUCGCCCAGUGGUUUGGCUUUUCCGUAGACAUAUUUGCUUGGUGCAUUGUCAACUACGUGUUAACAUAAUCUCAUCAACGUCGUCGUAUUUUGCGU